AAAUACCGCUAUGAGGAGGACAAUGCCCGAUAUAAACAGAACUGCUGCUACACAAACACUUACUUUCUACGGGACAAAGAGCGACUGUGCUGUCUGGUGUCGUUGAUCUCUGGUGUGUGUGUUCUUGGCUCAAUUCAACAGCCCCCAGCACGACGAUGAUGGAACGCAAGCUUACCAUCCUGUACGGCAGCCAGUCCGGCACGGCGCAAGAUCUGGCCGAACAGAUAUGGCGCGAAUCGAAGAUGUACUUCUUCCGCGGGAACGUUCUUCCGAUGGACGAGUACGACGUUUCGGAGCUGAUCGGAGAACGGUUUGUGGUGUGCGUCUGUUCCACCUACGGCCAGGGCGAGGAGCCUGACAACAUGAAGCGCUUCUGGAAGUUUCUGCUCCGCAAAAGCUUGCCCAACGAUUCCCUGCAGCAGGUACACUUUGCCGUCCUCGGACUCGGCGAUUCGCGCUACCCGAAGUUCAACUACGUGGCGAAGAAGCUACACAAACGUCUGCUGCAGCUCGGCGGAAGUGCACUGCUGCCGGUUGGGCUGUGCGACGAUCAGCACGAUCUCGGAUAUGGGGCCGUUUUUCUGCCCUGGAUCAAUCAGCUGUGGGAUGAGCUGGGACGUAUUGUGCCACUGUCGGCCGGAACGCACAAGCUGCCCGAAAGCCCUCGCGAGUUCCGAUGGCAGGUGGACAUUGCAAAGGAAGGGCAUAUAACGAAGGACAUUAGUCCGGACGGCAUCGACCUGUAUGCGGACGUAAAAAUGCCCAACGGAUUCCAAACGGUGGUGGUGGAAAAUCGACGAACAACGGCAGCGGAACACUUUCAGGACGUUCGGAUGAUAACGUUCGAAAAGAAGGCGGUGCCUUGGUGUUCGGGCGAUGUGCUAUAUGUGAGGCCGCACAAUUCGAAAGAGAGCGUGGACCAGCUGUUUGAAAUAUUCCACCAGCACGAGUUUGGCCUGGACAAGCAGACAUGUGUGCAAGUGAAAGCCAUUGAUUCCGAAAUGCCGGUACCAUCAAUUCUUCAAAAGCCCCUACCGCUGGUUGCCAUUGCGGAACAGUACUGGGAUUUAACGGCCAUACCACGUGCAAGGGCAUUUGCCGUGUUGGCCAAAAACUGCUCCAACGAACUAGAGCGCGAGAAGUUGAUCGAGUUCAGCCGUUACGAAGGUCAGGAGGAACUGUUCGCGUACGCUAACCGACCGAGAAGGACGAUUUUAGAGGUGCUGUUGGAUUUUCCACACGCUACCAAAAGUCUCACGCUGGAGGCACUGUUUGAGCUAUUUCAGCCGAUCAAACCGAGGGCAUUUUCAAUCGCCUCCGCCGUGGAAAGUGGUAAGCUGCAAAUCCUGGUUGCCGUGAUCGAGUACAAGACAAAGCUGAGCGUUCCGCGGCGCGGAUUGUGUUCACACUGGUUAAAAGACCUGCAACCUGGAAAUAUGGUAAAUGCAUGGGUACGAAAGAGCACAUUCCAACUUCCGGCCGAUAAUAAAACUCCUUUGGUGAUGAUCGGUCCAGGUACGGGUCUGGCACCGUUCCGGGGCAUUCUUCAGGAAAGAGAACUGUCCGAAACGCCUACAUCGGCACCGUUGGUACUGUUUUUCGGGUGCCGCAGCUCGACUGCCGACUUUCACUGCGAGGAGGAUCUGAAACGCAUGGAACAGAGUGGCAUGCUGCAGUUAUUUUGUGCAUUUUCUCGCGAUCAGCCGGAGAAGGUUUACGUGCAGCAUCUCAUAAAGAAGGAGGGUAUGUUGUUGAAAAAACUGCUGAUAGAGAACGGUGGAUACAAAUCACCCUUCCUGGAACCGGUGCGGCUCACACCGGCCUGGGAGGAGAACAAUCUACCAAACGAUGAGCUCAACUUCAGGGGGAUGACGAUGGAGCGGGCCAAGAUGGAGCUUAACCCGCCCCGGGACAAGCUGCGACUCGUCUUCCUCACGCUAAUGAUCCACGGCGUGGGUACGCUAAUGCCUUGGAACAUGUUUAUCACUGCCAAAUCCUACUUCGUAGAUUACAAACUCAGUCAAAAUUACACGGGCGUGGAGUCGGAGUAUGCCACGUACUUUCUGUCGUCCAUCGGGUUUGCUUCCCAGAUCCCGAACCUUCUGUUUAAUUGGCUCAAUAUUUUCAUCAACCUUGGUGGCAACCUCACGAAACGGAUCGUUUACAGCAUUCUCAUCGAAGUGCUGGUGUUUGUCGUAACGGUGGUGCUGGCCAUGAUUAACUCAUCCGAAUGGCCCGGUGCAUUCUUCUGGAUCACGAUGACCACGGUGGUCAUACUGAACAUGGCGGGCGGAAUUUAUCAGAACACAGUGUACGGUAUGGCGGCGAAGCUUCCGUUCAAGUAUACCGGGGCGGUCGUGCUCGGAUCCAACAUUAGUGGCACGUUUGCGUCCAUCAUCUCGAUCCUAAGCUCACAGUUUGCAUCUUCGGUCAGGACGGCCGCAAUCUACUACUUCAUCACCGCGAUGUUUGUGCUGCUGCUGUGCUUCGACACGUACUUUGCACUUCCGUUGAAUAAAUUCUACCGCUACCAUGAGCUGCUAAAGGAGAAGGAAAUCGAAUCGAACCAGCGUGCGAACGCGGGCGCCCGCCCACCGUACUGGACCAUCUUUAAGCAAGCGUUCCCGCAACUGUUCAACGUGUUCUUCGUGUUCUUCAUUACGCUGGCCGUGUUUCCGGCCGUCCACUCCGACAUCAAGCGCUCGGACAGCAACUUCGUCAUCGGCGACGAUCUGUUCGUGAGUAUCUGCUGCUUCCUGACGUUCAACGUGUGCGCCAUGCUCGGCAGCCUGCUGACGUCCUGGGUGACCUGGCCCAAGCCCAAGUACCUGGUAUGGCCCGUCCUGCUGCGGGCCGCCUUUCUGCCGCUGUUCCUCUUCUGCAACUAUCAGCCGCUCAACAUUACGCGCGUCCUGCCCGUCUACAUCGAUAACGACUGGGUGUACUGGGGCAUCGGGAUCGUGAUGGCCUUCACGUCCGGUUACUUCAGCUCGCUCGGCAUGAUGUACACGCCGCAAUCGGUCGAACCGCAGUACGCAAUGACGGCGGGCAUGUUUGCCGCCGCCAUGCUGAUUACCGGCAUCUUUACCGGCAUCCUGUUCUCGAUGGUGUUCCCGAUGGUGGUGCAGUACAACUUCCUCGCCUGGCUCCACUAGGCCUGGCAUUGGGGAAUGGGCGUCUACGACGGCUACGUCUCGUAACCGUACUAAGGGGGCGCAUCCCAUUCCCAUAGCAACAACAGACCCACGCUGGGCUGAUCAUAGUCGUUUGAACUGUGGCUUCCGUUUCUAGAUCAUCUGCAAAAACCUAUAUCACUUUGUUCAGAAUGAAAGAAAGCUUUCAAACAGUCUUGAUAGUAGUAGAUGGACGAUAGACAGAGGGGAAGUGGAAAUCACUACCGGGUGAGAUAUAGUUUCGCACAAAUUAAGCGUUCAAGAUCUGGUUUUCUUUGUGAGUGUUUGUUUUUCAUUUUUUUUUUAUUAUUAUGCAUGCUUUAGCGUCGAUAGAAAUUCUCACCGUUUUGUACUUUCGGUAUCUGUGUGGACUUCUGCGGUCUGCAAAAACUGUACUACGCCGCUUCUACACGACAGCGCAAAUUUCGCGUUUGCUAAAACCGUAUGCAAAACUGUACAUAACAAUUAUAGCUCACAAACGUAGAAACCAUGUUUUAUCUUGAGUUUUGCAUACGAUUUUGGCCAACACCAAAUUUUACGCUAUCGUUUAGAAGCGGUGUAUUACAAAACAUUACUUUGUGUUUUUGAGCGUUUAUGUUCAUUAUUUUUUUUUUCGUUAAUUUUAUCAUAUUGCAUUGUAUGUCAUAUGUCACUCACAUCAACACGUUCAGUGUAUGCGUCCUUGCACUGAUAUGUAUGCUCUUUAAACGAUGAGAACAGUUAACAAUUUCAUCCAAGUGCAUCGUUUUAGUCUGAAAUUAUGAGUCAUAAAUGUUGAUCGCUAUAAUAAUGGACCCACACACACACUUUAACACCCCAAUUAUGUAUUCAAACAACAAGUUAGUCAACGAAACCACUUAUAUUGCAACGCUCUUUAUGGUCCAAUUGCGAUUGACGGAGAACGCUGUUAAACUAAACAUUUGAAAGGACAUUGCUAGAGCUCUGCGUACUGUUACAGAUUUCUAAUAAUUUUAGUUUUUAAGUAUAUGUUUAAUAAGGUGAUUGCGUUAUAAAGAUGCGAGAAAAUUAUGCCGCCAUCUCGAGAUGCAGUAAAAAAUACCUACAAUAAGUAAAAACUUUCUCUAUAUUUAUACAGCCCUCCAUCAUACUGGAGACAUCAGCAUUUCAAGAUCAUCGAGUCAAUCCUUUUGGAUAUUGCAACAUCAGCUCAGAUUUAUUGUUUAAUAUCCAUGUCAUGGAUGUAGCUUUAUGUAUCGAAAAUGAUGAUGAAACUAACGAAAGAUGUUCUCAUUAAAAGACCUUCUACUGGAGAUAGUGAUUGAUUGGAUCGUAUUCUCCUCGAUAGGCAAUCAUUCAGGAAAUCAACAGCUCAUUCGCUCUUUUACGUUUAAUGUGUUCCUUAGUCACGAGCUUUGGCUACAUUUAAUUACAACUCAAGCAUCGAAAGAUGUCAUAUGCGCAGGCAAAAAACUAGCAACCGUCACUUUAAACGUGCGUGACAAAAAAGUAACUAAGUUUUGUCUUUAAGUAUAAUGCUAAGAGCAGGAGCUCAAUUUGAAGUAUAAUUUUUAGUAGUAAGUAGUCGUCAUCAGUCUCGCAGACCACGAAAUUUCCAAAUUACACUGUUAAACUUGCUUUAACAUACCGGAUCUCACAGGACCAAAUGUCAAUAUGAAAAUUCACUCAGAAACAUGGAAUGUAGACCAAAAACAUAAAUGCGAAACCACCUAUGCUGUGUGCCGCAUUGAUUUACUAAACAGAAAUGGUUUUAAAAUGAGGUGAUUUUAGUUCAAAGCCUGUUAAUGAUGAUCUUUUUUACCCUUUUGUUGUUGUCUAAGUUGUAACAUGUACCAAGAGCAAAUCUACAAAUGAUAGUCACCGUUUCUUCACUGUUAGACUGAUGAUUUCUGGUUUUGUCGUAGUAAACUAGUGUUUAGUUUAUGGUUUAACAUUUUUACAAUUUUGCAAACUGUUUUUCUAAUCUAAAACUGAUAUGGGCGCCAAAUUGCACUAAGAUUACGUUUAGAGUUUAAAUACGUUUUAAUAUAUCAUUUAAAAUUUGUGUGCGCUUGCAAGGGUUGGGAUUUAUUUCGCUUGUUUGAAGCAACUGACUAUUCGUUUUCAUUACUUUUUAGAAAUAAAAUGCUUGAAAUACAUACACUCACAUUUUUGUUUAUUUAAGCUAUAUUUUUACUAUCUCAUUUUUAUUAAAUUGGUUUCAUAUGUACAACACUACCUUUCACACCUUUCAGCAGAAAUCGAUAGAGAACUGUUGUGAUGAUCACGUUUAAAAAACGAAACACUUGUUUAUACGAUUACGGGAAAGAGAGCUAUCAACUACUCCAGCAAACUGUACUACCGAUAGAGAACGCAAACGAACAUAAUCAAACUCAAAAAGAAUAACGAACAAGCAACCAGAACAUUUUUUUUAAACAUACACUGAUAUACUGAUUUUAUAGAAGCUGCACUAAAAUCGAUAGUAAACAGUGCUGCCGCUACCAUUGUAUUUCGUCCUUUUUAAAUCAAAUUUUCGUACACACAAGCGCUGUGGAAACUUCAAUACAAGAACAAUAGGACAGUGCAGCAGAAACAAUCGUUGUAAUAAAAUACUUCCUCAUUACAAAAAGCAACUCUUUACUACUUCUCCCGCUCCCAGUAGUAUCCAGGAGAUACUCUCACUGCUAAAGCAUACUGAAGUAUCGAUAGAUGAAUACAAUACAGUAAGAACCAUAGUAUAAUAACAACACAAACAUAUUAAAUAAUUCUAGUGCGGUGCUUGUUGUUGAGAGCAGCAUAUUACUAUCAUAUAGCGAGAUAGUGUACUUGUUCGAAAUAGUUACAGGACAACAAAGUACUUUACUCCAAAUGACAAAGGACGUUGGCAGGUGUUAAUCUUUAUAUACACAUAUAUACAUAGUAUGAAAGCACAAGAAUUUAUUACGCGUAUAUAGAUCGAUCAGGGGCAGGGGGAUUGUAUUAGAUAGCAAAAGAAAGGGAUUUUUUCAACCAUAUGUGCGCUUCGUUCGCGUUAAGUAGCGCUCUCUUUCACUGAAGCAAUAUUACACACACUCACUGUGGCACACAAUGAAUCAACAACUGCAAGCUAUUCUAAAACAUCAAAAAACACAUAGCAAUUGCUCUUCUCUUUAUCUCCUCAAAACAAUUGGGCUACACAUAGUCAGGGAUUGUGGAUUAUAGUGUUGCUGUUGCACCGAUAAAACUCCCCGAUAUUGCUUAUUUCAAAUGAUUCAAGGUACGGACGAACGAAAAAAAACCUUUAAAUCAUGUUUUAACUUAACCCAUUCAACUCAUCCAAACGCACUACGCAUAGUCACAUAAAAAACCCGAUUUCUAAAAGUAUCUCUUUUGUACAAAGCAUGUUAAACACGUUAAACAAACUAUCUUCAACUAGAGUAAAAUGUUUGCUAAAAGUGAGUAAAUAUGGAAGGAGUUUGGGAGUAUCGAACUGAGAUAUUUUGCAAGUAUAGUAAAUGAUAGCAAAACAACACACACACACAUGUUUCCGAAACAUUUUACCAAUCUAUCUACCUAGCCACCAGUUGAUGAUGGAUGCAUUAGCGAGAGCAUAGAGAGGUUCUUUUUAUCUAUGGGGAACGUUGUUAUGCAUUCAAUGGUCCCCACCGUCUCUUCAUCCUUUUCUUACUUUCUACUCUUGCUAAUCAAACUCUAGUAAACGAUCAAUCAAUCAAUCAUUCUUCUUAAUACCUCAAAAACGACAUUUCGCUCAAACUACACAUAAUAUAUACCAUUUUUAUCUCGUGUCCGUACUCAGCACACACCCACACAUAUACACAAAGAGUGCACUUAUCCAACUCUAGCUCUUCAUAGUUACAUCCAACAACUCAUACUGGAUAUCAUACCAACAGUACUUGAAAAGGUGUUGGAAAUGAAGCGUAAAUUUCGGACACUGUUUUUGAUAGUGAAAAGAAAAGGGAAAUAAUAGAACAACAUUUACCAAAACAACAAAUAGCAAAUGGCAAAAACCAUACCAGGCACAAUAAAAGUCGACGGGGAAUAUUUUCCUUGCUCGGAUGACAAUAAACACAGCAAAAAUAAAGCAUAAAAGAAUAGGCCCAAAAGAUAAGCAAGUGCACUACUAGUAACACACACUGCUGCGGUGCAUUCAAAAUGCCUUUUUGGAUUGGAUUUUUGUGUGUGUGUGUGCAUUGAGCGCCGGAAGUUAUUGUUGCGGAUGUUUUCUAUCUUACGCGACAGUUAAAACAAAGUGUUGUCGAAUACACACCCUGCUGAAAAGUGCAGAUUGAGUUUUAAUUUUACUGGUUGAAAUAAACAAGAACAACAGAUAGUAACAAAGUGACAUGAUAGUGGAACGAUAGUGCGUUAAUUGACAUGGUUAAUAGUGGUAUCGAGUAAGCAAAAAACAAAAAAGGGAAAGAAAAGAAAGAGAGAGAGAGAGAGAGAGAGAGAGAGAAGAAUAAAGUAACAUGUGCCAUAUAAAAAGUAAUAAAACUAACAAAGAAAAUUCAUAAGUAAUAAAGGGAAAGAAAGCUAGCAAACAAAUAAAACAUAAGAUAAGAAAAUUUAAUCAUACAGCGCGGAUAGCUUAGAAAAGAAAUGAUAAAACAGUAAUCUUAUAAUAAGCAAUGAUAUGUGGUGGCAGCAAAUGGAACCAAUUUAGUAAUGAAUGCAUGUAAAACAUAAGACAAAAAGCGGAAACAUGCUCUUGACUAGGAUUAUUAUCAAAUAUUAAUCAAUAGCCUCCCGUUUUCUCCUUAUGUAAUAUUCCUUCACAUAUGGCUUAAUAACUCUUUCGAAGAAAUCAACCAAAAACUCAUACAGGGGGCUCCGUACACAAGAGAGGGGGAGAGGGAAACAGAAAUGAAAGCAACAAAAUAAAGGUAAAAAAGUUUUGUCCCAGUUUAAA